CAAACAGGAAGCGAGCCCAGUUUGAACAUGGACAGGCUUUCUCCCGAUCUGAAGCUUCUGGCCCGGCGAGAGCUUGGUGAAACACCGCAAGUGAGCAGGGAGGCUGUAAUACAACUGCGGACACUUAUAACCGAAGAGCCGUCGCUGCAAUGUCCCCUGGACGAAGAGUUCCUGGUGAAGUUCCUGCGUGGCCGCAAGUACCGAGUGGUGGACACCUUGGAGGUCAUCCGGAAGUACUUCCAAGUCCGGUUGGAGUACACCGACAUCUUUGAUAAUCUUCUGCCAUCCCGCAUCAUGUUCGAUACCAUAUACCGCCGGCACAGAGUGGUGGCCGUUCUCAAGGAACCGGAUUCACUGGGGAGGCUAAUAGUCGUUGCUAGGCUGGGCGUCUGGAACCCGAGCCUGUGCUCCAUGACCGAGUUAUUCAGAGCGAUCGUCCUUGUGGCCGAAUACAGUCUGCUGGACCCGAAAACUCAAAUCACCGGCAUCGUGGCAGUGGUGGAUCUGGAGGGACUCCAUUUUACGCACAUGCUCCACUACACCGUCUCGGAAAUAAAGAAGGCCAUUAAGCUAACCCAGGAGUGCUACCCAGUGCGAAUCAGGGGUAUCUACAUCAUAAACAAUCCUCCAGUCUUCGAGCUUUUUCAGCCUGCCCUCAAGCUGUUUAUGAAGCCUAAGCUUUUUGAAAAGAUUCACUUCAUCGGACGUGACUACGACCAGCUUUAUCAACUCGUUCCCCGUGAACGACUGCCCGAGGAAUACGGAGGAACAAUGGCCAAAUUCGACUAUGACGAAUUCGAGAAGACCUUAAGCAGCGCGGAAAACUUCUUUCUGGAGCUUGGACAAUACGGCUACUGCAAGGAUAAAGCAUCGAAACACUCGUCUGGGCCCGAAUGA